AUCAUCAGCAACACCAAGAAACAGUCAACAAGAACACAACAGUCAACUAGAAAGAGUCAAUGACUAUGAACCAUCAUCAACUUGAAAAACCACAUCCACUUCAUUACACCAUCCACUCUUGUUCAUCUUGCUCAUCAACCUUUCACCCUUUUAAUAUCAUUGAAGAUUGUCCUUUAGAUUCUAGCUCGCGUUGUUAUCCUGGACAAUUACCAAAAAAGAAGGAAUACAUUAUCAUUGACCUAGGAAAACCUUGUAUCGUUCGAUCAAUCACUUUCGGAAAAUUCCACAGGCCUCAUCCUUGUAAUGUCAAGUUAUUUAGAGUCUGGGGAAGUCUUGCUCCAGGUCCUAGAAUGGAACUUUUGGCUCAAGGUGAACUCAAGAAUGAUGCAGUACCCGAAACAGUACAACUAAGAUGGAGGAAUAAUCAAUCUACCGGUAUCAUCAUUCCUGUACGUUAUCUCAAGUUGGAACCUUUGUCAGCUGCUGGGAGCAAUUACAAUUGCUCUAUAUGGCACGUAGCGGUCAGCGGUCACGAUGAAGAAGAUUUGAUCAUCCCUGCACUUCAACAGUAUGAAAAGUGGCGAACCUCAGCAGCUUUAAGACUGUGUUUAAAGCAUCUGCGUCAAACUGGACACCUUGAAGCUUUUGAAGCCUUACUCAAGUCAUCAGCGCUACCGAACCAUUCUCCCACGCUGCUACGCGAUCAUCCAUCUUCACUUCAAAAAGCAGAGGAGAUUGUUAGAAAUGCAACGUUGGGUGGUUUAUUCGAUCAUUGGGCUCGUGGUGAACCCCCUAGUUUGACAUGUUAUCAGAUUCAUCCAUCAACACAGGCACCUGAUCAGUGGCCAUGUCCCCGAGGUGGACAUCAGAUGUGUCUUGAUAGCAAGCGUCGAAAAAUUUGGCUUUUUGGUGGUUUUGAUGGGUAUGGUGACUUAGCAGACCUAUGGAUGAAAAUGCGUGGUGGCAAUGGUGAAGAAGCGAAAACAGGCUGGGAAUUAAUCUCAUCAGACGUGGAGGAACAAAAUGGGCCCAUGAGUCGAAGUUGUCAUAAGAUGAUCCUCGAUGAACUCACUGGUGAUCUUUAUGUUUUGGGCCGUUACACCGAACGAAUGAGGGUCAAACCUGCCACUGAUACUUCGAUUUCAUCAAAAGCCAACAAUGACGGUCAAAUUGGUCAAUGGGAAUGCAUUUCUCGCGAUACCGAAAGUCAUGGUGGUCCUAAGCUAAUCUUUGAUCAUCAGAUGGUCUUAGAUUCUGAUACUGGAAAAAUCUACGUGUUUGGUGGCAAGGUGAUACGACCUAACUAUCGGCCGCCGCUUCCUGGUGAUUCCACCACGGAUAGUUCUCUACAGGCCAAACCAUCGUCCCCACCGGCUCAGUACAGUGGACUGUAUGAAUAUGAUCUCAAUACCAAGAUUUGGACUCAGUUGUUGAAUGACACAAACUCACCAGUUAAGAGUAAUGAAGCCAAUGUGAUACCCUCUCGAAUGGGACAUGCGCUCGUGCUGGACAAAAAGCGACAAUCUUUGUGGAUCUUGACUGGAGAGCGAGAUGAGGAUUAUUAUUCAGACCUAUGGCGAUACCAUAUUCCUACUAGACAAUCGGAACUCAUCACCGCUGAUUAUAGCUCUCGUAUUGGUCCUGAAGCUGGCUUUUCACAACGGACCACAUUUGAUGAACAACGAGAUGAAUGGCAUAUGUUCGGUGGAUUGUGUCGGGAUCGGAAUAGUAGUGGAACUGGAAGUGGAAUAAAGAAGGGAGAGCUGAUGUCAAGCGAGUUUUGGAGGUGGAGAAUUGAAGAUGGGAAAUGGACUAGAGUGGUCAUGAUGGCUGAUGAUGAGGGUGCGAAUGCCCCUCCGCCACGGUACGCUCAUCAGAUGGUCUUUGAUGAAUUGACGAAUCAUCAUUAUGUGUUCGGUGGAAAUCCGGAGGGUGUUAGUGAACUUCGACUUGGUGAUUUUUGGAGAUUAAAAUUAGUUCAAGCUACUCCGGAUGAGGCACUGAGGCGUUGCUUGUUUGGAAUUAGACGACAACAGUUCAUCGAGAUGUGUUUGACAACUGACGCAGUAACAGCUCUAACAUACCUCCAAGUAGAUCUAUCAGCAGUCACCAAUCAUUCCGAUGAACUAGAGGCCAAAAUGUUCAGAGCAUGUACAUCCUAUUUAUUAACUUCAAAUGAAAGAUCAUCAGAAGAUUAUGAUAUGGAGUUUCAAGCAGAUGAACAAGAAGAUGAAAUCUUAUUAUCUUCUAGAAGAAAAUUAUUUGAAGGAUUAUUAAAAUAUUUUCCUAAAUCUAUGACUGAACCUGAAGAAAGUUUAAUGGAUUUAGUUGAUGUUUGGGGUGAUAGAGAGACUUUUUGGUAA